ACUUUUUCAUUUUACCAAAAAACACAGAAAAUAUAAUGGCUUCAGUACCUGAACAAUUCAAAAUUAAUUUUACUUCUGGAGCCAUCGGCCUUUCUCUCUCUUAUGCCUGUAUGCAUCCCCUUGACACCAUUAAGACUAGAAUUCAGGCAGAUAAUACAGGCAACUGGCGUAAAGUGAUUUUCUCUAGAGCAACUCUUCAUAGUCUCGGCAAAGGCUUUUUUGUAUCUGCUUUAGGUGCUGCUGGUCAAGGCGGUGCCCGUUUCAGCACUUACGAAUAUUGUAAAUCCAGAAUGUUACCAAAAGAAAAAAACGCACUCACCAUCCCUGUCACCGCUCUUUCUGCCGUUCUUGGUGAUUUGGCUUCCAGUGUCAUCAAAGUACCUCGUGAAGUCAUUACAGCCAAGCUUCAAAUCGACCACUACAAAGCAUUAAAUCAAAAACCCAACGCAGCUUUUGUCAUCCGCCAAACUUUAAUGGAAGAAGGUCCUAAGGGCUUAUUUAGAGGAUUUUGGGCUAUUGCUGCUCGUGAUUCUCCAUUCAUGAUCAUUUUACUAGUAUCUUAUGAAAACUUCAAGGCAUUCCAUCACCGCUCAGUACGCGAAGCACUUGAAAAGACAAGAGAAUAUCGCAUGAAACAAAAAGGCGUGGUGGCAGGUGCUGCUUUUGAAGAGUUAGAAGCUGAUAUUCCCACUAUGCGUAGUGUGGUGUAUGGUGGCGUAAGUGGUUUCUUAGCCGGUUAUUUCACUACACCUAUGGAUGUCUUGCGUACACGUAUGAUUGCUCAAGAGUCUGUGCAAUCAGUAACAGUAAUUGAAAUGGCUAAAUCUAUGAUUUCUCGCUCUUGGUCUCGUACUGGUGCUAGUACAGUAAGAAAGUCGAUUGAUACAUACAAUGCUUUCUUUGCAGGUGCCAUUCCUAGAAGUGUUUGGUGGUUUGGUAUCUGUGGCAUCUUCUUUCCUUCUUAUGAAACUUUGAAAUCUCUCAUGAACAAUUAGACAUAUACAUAUACAUAGUCUCUGCAUACCCCUCUCUUUCUUUUCCUUCACUUGUUAUAUAUUUCAUCUCCCAAAAUAAAAAAAAAGGAAAAUCUCGUUGUAUCUAA